UAUUUUUGACCCGUUAAGUUUAGGAGCCCGUUUCCCAGGCCCACCACCUUUAACCUCCUCCCCAAGUAUUUCCUGUUUAUAUAACGUUUCCCACUCUAUAGUUUCUUCCCCAACUUAAUUAGGGUUCUUGACUUGUUCUUCUUUCUCAGAAUCUCAGCUCUAUCAAUGGCGGGAGGAAAUUUUAUGCACAAAGUGAUGUCUUAUGUCGUCAAUGAACUCGUUGUUAGCGGUCUCGCUAAUAGUCGUGCCUUCCAAAGAUUUGCCGUCAGGACCAACCAAAAGAUGGAAAAUCUCUCUAAAUUUGCUCAAGAGAAAAAAUCAGACAUCGCCGAGCAACUAGAAGAUCUUACUAAGAACAUGCAAGAGACAUUGAAGAAUCGACAGCGAUGAACUUGGUAUGGGUGUUGAUCCUUGAUUCUCCUGCGAUCUGCCAUAGCAUUAGCUAAGAGAGCUUGAAACAAAAUUGUAUAUUUGGACUAAAAUAGAGAUUUAUACUAUUGCAAUUGGAGGCCGUUGAUCUUGUUGGAAGAAUGGUUUCAUAACUUCUGAUAUCUGUUCUCGGAAGUCUGAUACUCUGAUUGGAUCAUGAUAUUGUAUUUAGCAUCUUGUGUCAUGGUCAAUAAAAGGCUAAGUGUGUGGAAUUAUAGUUAAA